UGGGAGUGCGUGUGAGUGACUGUUGAUGAACGUGAGGAGCAAUUUUGAACGCAGAGAAAGAGGAGGAGGAGGGAGAAGAAGCUGACCUUAGAAUCUAAAUUUAGAUUUCUUAUUUUUGUUUUUGUUUUGUUCCUUUUUGUGUGUUUAGAAAGUAGAGAGAGAGAGAGAGAGAGAGAGAGAGGGUAAGGCAGAGAAGGCAGAGAGUGGUGCACAUGGGGAUGGGCGAACGAAGAGAGGAGGAAGAAGGGGUCGUCAUGUCCACCGACUUCUUCUGGUCCUACACCGACGAGCCCCAUGCAUCGCGGCGGCGGGAGAUCCUCUCUAAGUACCCUCAGAUCAAGGAGCUAUUUGGCCCAGAUCAUUGGGCUUUCCACAAGAUUACAGUAGUAGUUUUGCUUCAGCUUGGUACUGCUGCCUUGCUACAAAAUGCUGCCUGGCUGGAGAUACUCCUGAUAUCCUACUUUUUUGGUUCAUUUCUCAACCACAAUCUCUUCUUGGCCAUCCAUGAGCUCAGCCACAAUCUUGCCUUCUCAACUCCCGUGUACAACCGGUGGCUGGGAAUUUUCGCUAACCUCCCUAUUGGUGUGCCAAUGUCUGUGACUUUCCAAAAGUAUCACUUGGAGCACCAUAGAUUUCAAGGAGUAGACGGCAUUGAUAUGGAUGUCCCUAGCCUCAUUGAAGGGCGUGUUGUGACCAAUAUUUUUGCAAAAGCCAUAUGGGUUAUCUUGCAGCUCUUCUUUUAUGCCCUUCGCCCUCUGUUUCUUAAACCAAAACCUCCUGGUUGCUGGGAGUUCAUUAACUUUGCCGUUCAAAUUGCCCUUGACGCCGCGAUGGUUCAUUAUUUUGGCUGGAAAUCAUUUGCCUAUCUUAUCCUCUCAACGUUUGUUGGUGGCGGGAUGCAUCCAAUGGCAGGGCACUUCAUUUCCGAGCAUUAUGUCUUCAAACCUGACCAAGAGACAUAUUCUUACUAUGGUCCUCUUAAUUUUCUCACCUGGCAUGUGGGCUACCACAAUGAGCACCAUGAUUUCCCUAGGAUUCCUGGGAACAAGCUUCACAAAGUGAAGGAGAUAGCUCCAGAGUAUUAUGAGGGCUUAGCAUCAUAUAAAUCUUGGAGCCAGGUCAUUUACAUGUAUAUUAUGGACAGAUCAGUUGGACCUUUUAGCCGAAUGAAGAGGAAGCUUCAGAAAACUGAAUAGGUGCUCCUCCUAUACACAUUAUCGUUCUUUUUAUAUCCUUACCUGUAUCCCCUUCUUUUCUCUCUUGAAUUUUUCAAUGUAGACUGUGUUUUGAUGGUGUGAUAAUUAUAUGUAACAUUCUGAAGCCAUCAGGCUGUACUCAGUUUUCAGCCUAAUAGCAAGUCAUUUUUUUCUCAA